AUGCCUCAUCCUCUUGCCUUAUUCUCACUGAGGCCGCUCAACGAGCGAGCCCAACAGGUCGUGGCGCAUCCAUGCAACAGCCACCUCGUCUCAUUCUCUAACCACCACCAAGUUUGGGUUCUCGACGUCGGCCAUGUCCGGUCAGCAUCAGGGGACGUUUCCACCUUGGCGACACUUGGCCGAGGCGGCGACAUCCUCGUCGACGGCAGCAACAUCUCCAAGAUCCAGUGCUCCUUCGAGAUCGACCGCGAGACCAACGUCGUCAUGUUCUACGACAGAUCGCACAGCCAGACGAGCCAGGUCUUCGGCGAGAACGCGGCGCCGUUCGUGUAUCAUCGCCCGCGCAAAGUUGUCGUGCAAGAGGGACUCAAUACCAUCAUCGGCAUGGGCGGAGUCAACAGCAACCUCGUGAUGUUCAAGCUCGAUUGGCACUGUACCGCCAAGGAAAUGCCGCUAAAGGUUAAGGAACGACAGAGUAGGCCUGCCGGCCUUCAGGACAAUCCGCGUCUUGCGCAGACCCUGGUGGUGCCCAACACGCUCGCGCCAUCCCGGAUGAAAACACGAAUCCACACGCCGGGCCCGCGACGACUGGGAAUCGAGUGGCGCCAAAUAGGGGAUCCUAUCGGUAAGGGGCACUUUGCCACAGUCUACAAGGCUCUCGAUGUCUACACGGGCAAAAUAAUGGCCGUGAAGGUGAUGCCACUGCCCGAGAGCCGGGGCGGCUAUGAUCGGUGGACCGACUUGAAGGAUGAAAUCGAAAUCCUGUCCAGCAUCAGCCACAGCCAUGUUGUCGAAUACAUCUCCUCGCAAGGUUGGGGAUGUGGCGUAGCCGAGAUCUUCAUGGAACUGAAGGAAGGCACCCUUCGGUCGCUCGUCUGCGGCGGCUGCUCGGUCUCCCUUCGAGAUCUAGCCACCACGGCCUUCCACCACAUGCUUCAAGCCCUCGAUUUCCUCUCCACUCGGGGCAUCAUCCACCGAGAUCUGAAACCAGAAAACAUCCUGUACACGACCCGCCAGGACGGGUUCCACUUCCAGCUCGGCGACUUUGGCAACAGCAACCGCGAAAAGCACGAGGACAAGUUCGCCGGCACCGCCAUCUUCAUGUCCCCGGAGAUUUACUACGAAUUCCCCUGGCAGACACCCAAGGCCGAUGUCUGGUCGCUCUUCGCCACCUUGCUGUGGACGCUCGACACGGGCGGCUUCCGUCGACUCGAAGCGGGAUAUCGGGACUACGAUGACAUCCAAUCGACGGUCCAGUCGCUUGCCGAGGCCCCCGAGAUGGCACCCACUCGGGAGAUGGCAAGAUCCAGUGCCCAAACGCGGGCCUCCGCAGCGCAGAUGCUGGUCCGACUGUUCGACGGAAAAGGGCUCACGACUCCGAGAAGCCAGGUACACCCGCUU